CUUGUGGCGCAUCACCGGCGCAGUCGAAGCCUGCACAGUCCUUGCGCUGCACCACCCCAGGCUCUGCGGCGGGUGUUGUGCCGCCCUCCGCCCUGCUUUUUGUGUCGAUGUGCCUUACGAAGCAUUCUGAAAAUCACUGUGGCCAAUAUUAAAAGGUGUGCAAGCCCAUGAAUAUUUUACUGGAACUUUUUCUUGUAUCGCCAAACAUAUUGUGCAUAUUUAGUUGUUACACACAUGCAUAUUUAUAUUGUUUGGUAGUGUUAAGGUAAUACAACUGGUGCUUGAAAAACUUCAUCAGUGAGGUUUUGUUGCAAGUGGAAAGAGAGGCUGUUCAGUUCCUCCUAUCAUCAUGACCACUAAGCAAGAGAAAUUUGACAUAUCUUUAGACCGGAUGCUCGAUGACCUAAAGACGACCGUAGGAAGCGACGGCGAGAUGUCGGGGACGGAAGGGCGCUCAGACUCCACCCUCGUCUCCUCCUUCAGUCAACACAGAGCCCCUUCGCCCGACGAGAGGGUCGACGCGACCUUCCUCGACAUCUUCAGGAGCAGCUCCCGCAGCGAGCCCCGCAGCAGUUCGCGAGGGGGUUCCCGCACCGGCAGCGCCCUCGGCAUGGUGGAGGACGGCGGCCACAUGAAGCACUCCCGCAGAGAGUACCUGUCGCCUGACGAGAAGACCCACGUCGUCACCGAGAAGUACGAGUACGACACAGGUGAUACAAGUAAGACUAGUCACUAUCAGAAGAAAGUGAUGAAGUCGACCUACUCGAACUACAACACGAUGAGCGCAGGCAGCCUGGACGACCCGCCGACCCACGCCCUUGAGUCCCCGCCACAGUCCUCGCGUCCUGCCGGCACUAAAGUUAUCAGUGCUUCCCAGAAAGUAGCAAACAAAUUGGUUGAUGCGCUGGCCAGUAUAGGUGGGGAGGAAGGCUAUGUCCCGGCUCCGGACUCCAGUGACACCGACACACUCAAAACUGACACCCUGAAAACUACAAAGACCGUUAGCUCAGAUUACUCAACACUGGGGCGACUUCGCAAAAACAUCAGGGAAUUAGACACACUUAUUGACUCCCUCGAAGACUCAGAGCAAGGCAGCGAGCCCGCAACAAAUGCCAGCGCCGAAGCUCAGUCCGAGACGGUUGUCGUUGUAGCCAAGCAGGAGUCCAAAGUCUCAACACAGAUCACAGCCCCAGCGCCCGAGGUCGCGGCCGAACCCGCCCUGGCUCUCACGCUGGCGACGGCGCAGGCUCAGUCCCAAGCGAGUCCGUCCUCGCAGGCCUCUCAAGAGUCACACAUACAGACAGUCGUUGAGACUCGCAGCAGCACAACCUCCCAGCAGCAGGUGGCGCAGGAGAGUACAACGCCGUCCUCUGGCCUGACCAACGGCACCGCGCCCGCCAGCCAGCCUACAAGAUACGAUGGUGACGAUGAGAUGAUCGACGACAAGAGCGGCGAAGUGCGACGCAUCGUCUGGCGCAACAGGUUCGAGAAGACCUACGAGACACAGGACUCCAGGCCGACGGCCACGGUAAGCAUCGAGGACGAGGCCCGCCGCCGUCAGCUGAUUCAGCGUCAGCAGCACACCUCGACGUCAGCCUCCACCUCCACGCUCUCCUCUCCCCCCGGACCCAGCUCUCCUCCGCAACGCGGGCCGUCCUCGCCCCGACUGCCGCAGUUGCAGUGUGCCGUGUACUGGCCUGGCUUGGGCGCCGGCCCCAACGUAUCUCCCGGAAGCCAGUCGUGGAAGGACCCGAUCCCGAUGCCAACGCCGCCACAGCUCUCCCCGAGAGAGCCGGGCGUCGCCUACAUCUACACCUACGGGAACACUGGAGGGUCAGGCGUGCAGCACAUGCCGCCGCUGAAUUACGUCACGGUUCCCGGUCCCUCGUCGGUGCCCCCGAGUGAGGGCGCGCCGUCGCCCACCCCGUCGCAGCUACAGGGCCCGCAGCCCAUCAUCUACCACUACUCUUAUCACUACACAAUCCAGCCCGGACAGCCACUUCCCGACGGCGCUCCACCCCCUCCAGGAGGACUUCCUUCAGGGUCCCCGCCAGCUCUCCAGAUGGCUCCCUCCUCCCAGCCGCCGUCCUCGUCCACCGAGACCAUUCGCACAGUUCAUCAAACCAUUUCAAAUCAGUCUGGCCAGCCCGGCCAGCCCGGCCAGCCCGGCCAGCCCGGCCAGCCCGGCCAGCCUGGCCAGCCUGGUCAGCCGGGUCAUCUCGUCCAGCCAGGUCAACCCGGUCAACCAGCCCAACCUGGUCAGCCAGGUUAUCCUGGACAGCCGUCCUCCUCUGUUACCAACUACAAUAUCCAGUCCUACUCCUCCAGCAGCCGCUCAAAGACAUCCACGCUCACGCACACAGACACAUCCACAGUAUACCCUGGUGGUCCUGGGGGGCCCGGUGGUCCUCACGGCCCAGGGGGUCCUCAUGGCCCAAGCGGCCCUUAUGGCCCAGGUGGUCCUCAUAGCCCAGGAGCGCCUGGUGGUCCUGACGGCCCAAGGGGUCCUACUGGCCCUGGGUAUGAUGGACCUGCGCAUCCUUCCAAACCUUAUGGUCCCGGUGAACCCGAUGGCCCCGGCAGAACCACCGAGCCUGGCCAGCCCGGAAAUAUUUCCAUCACCAUCAAUAAAACGACAACAACGCGUACCACGCACGCCUUCCCGGGCGGUCCUGACCACCCUGGAGGCGCUGGCGACGUCCCCCCUGUUACCUCAACCCCCUACCCGAGCCGCGGCAGGUCUGUGUCCCCCGAGCCACAUGGCCCGAGGAGCAACUCGCCGCACCACGUGACGUACGUGACGCACGUCACAAGAAACACGCACUCCGACUCCCUGGACCGCGUCAGAAGGCCAAAGAACGAGACUCUUCCAUUCCCCAACACCUCGCCCAUACGACCUGCUGGAGACAACAAGAUCCCUCGUCGAGUGGAUGAUCUCAUGACGUCAUUCUCCGAUUCCGAGCAUUAUAUUACCAGUUUUGAGAACGAAAUGACCUUGCGAAAACAUUCCCCUAUCCCAAGGAAAGAUGAGGAUGGUCCAGGCCACCCGAGGCACUCUCCACACCGCGGAGACCCAGCUGACCAGCAACCUCUGCUGCCACAAAACAGUCAGAUUGUGGUGAAGGCUGAUGCAGACGCCAAGGCCAUCGCCGAAGCAAACGCAGAUCCGAAGAAAGAACCAACGAAAAACAAAGCUGGACCUCCCGUCUAUUAUCCUCCGGGCCAUGAGCUCUUCCACGAAACCAUGCACACUAUGACGCUGAGGGAGGGCGGUGGUCGCCGAGGGAAGGCGAAAUGGAGAAUGGAGCGAUCUGCAGGAUACAAGGAGAGUUCUUCCCAUUCUGAAUCCAAAGGAGGCAUGACAAUGGUGCCCGUCUGUUUGCCACUAUGCUGUGGGGCCGCUUGCGUUGUAAUGUAAACAUCUGCUACUGCCUUCGUUCAGGAAUUAAGAAAGGAGAAAAGUAGAAAAAAUACAGAGAAAAAUAUACUUCCGUCGGGCAUGCUGUCACGAUUUAGUAAGGAUGAAAAACAUAAAUAUACAUAUUUCAAUCCGGAAAUAUGCGCGAUGUUUACAGACGAUGGACGUUUCACUGAAAGCUGCCCAGAUGAGAGGUAUGAAGACCUCAGUCCUGCCAAUUUUAAUGCAUAUCUAACUAUAUAAGCUCAUGAAGACUACUGCUUACCCUCUGUUUGUGCUUAAUUUGUGACUGAUUUCGAGAAAUAUAUGUAAAGCAUUUUCAUGACUGCAUGAAAGAAACGAGUUUCAGUGUAAAAUGAAUUACGUGUCUAGUAAUUCGAUUUUAGCAUUAAAUGGUGCUACAUAUAAUAUUUAUGAACGUAAUCAUGCAUUGAUUAAAAUUUGCAUCUUCUUACGAAAAAAAAAACUACAAAAAUCGCAUAAACUAUUUUAACUGUAGCAUAGUUUUGAUGUGGAAUUUCUUGUAUACUGACUGUAUAAAAUGUCAUUUCUUUAUUCUGCAGUUAUACUGUGUAUAUUUCAUGAUUAGAUUUAAAUGAUUUUUUUCUUAAUAUGUGUAUUUUUGAAACAAGUAACACUAAUCAGUGAAUACUGAUUAUUUCGUAAUUCCUACCAUUCACUCAUACUUUUACUUGCAAAAUGUAGCGUGAGUGGCUGCCAAGUGUUUGAAGUAUUUUGAUAUAAAACCAUCAAGAUAUGUGUUCAUACAUUUUAAAGAUAUCUGUAUUUGCUUUACAGCUGGGAUGAUAUCUGAGGUUUCGUGUAUUUGGUUUUAAUCAGAUAAAUUCCACGUUUACACAAAAUUUCAUUGUCUUCUUGAUCUCCUAACAACAUUUACCCUUACGCUAUAAGGAUGAUAAUUAAAAAAAACAAACAAAAAAAAUCAAAACAUGGAUAUCACAGGUUGUCUUUCACAUAAACCCGUAUAUGAAUUAACACGAAGGAAAUAUUCCGUAUCUGAUUAGACCCGAAAAACACACAAACCUUCUAUACCCUACGUAACGAUGGUUGUUGUGGUGCUCGUCAAGAAAGGUCCGCCUCCUAAAUCAUGUGACUCUUGGUUUGAUAUCAUAUACAUCCAGUUCUCAGGUUACUUUAUUAGGUUAUGUGUGUAAAUGAAACCCAAAGCUCAAAGAGAGAAAAAAAAGAAAACAACUUUAGAACUGUGAAGUGCGCGUCACAUGAAUUGAAUAGGUUGACCAUAGCUUAAGGCCUCCUAACCUACAGUGUGCCUUACAGGUAAUCUCCUGUAUUUGCUAUAUAUUUUUGCAAUGUUAUGCAUAUUUUUUUCUUUGGAGAGUCCAGUGUCAUGUAUAUGCCGUGUUUUGCAUAUGUACAGAUGUAAUUCUUUUGGCACAGGUGUCGAAAGUUUGCCAUAAUCAUUAAGUUUAAGUAGUUUUUUUUUGCAUCACCAAGAGGAACAUUGUGCUAUUGAAAUCCCAAAUGUGGCAAGGAGGAAAGUCACUGCAGUGUGCGAAGUUGAACACUGAAGACAGUUCACGUCAGAUGUUUGUUUCCCAAAGGUUACCCGGUGUUGAGGCUCAUCGUGGACGGCGAUCGUAUUUUACAGACAUUAGUACCCUAGAGUGCCUAUAAUAUGAUUAUAUAUGUGCAACAUUUCAAAGGCUUUUUUUGAUCAUAUGUGACAGUUGAAACUAACGAAAAUAUAGAUUUCAUGCAA